GCUGUGCAGAAAUCAUUCGAUUGGUUGAUUGCUUACUUAACGACUUGAGUUUUUAUAGCAAAAAUCCUACUAAAAUGAAAUAUUUUGUGGUAUUGGCUUUCUUGGCUGUCGCCUUUGCUGCCACUCUAAAAAAAGGUCCUGAGACAGAGCUAUCAUCGCCAUUCAAUGCCGAUUCUGAAAUUGAAGUGAUCAAUGGGGAUGAAGAAAGAAUACAAGAAAUCGCUCCCUCGUUUAUUUUGUCAUGGCAAUUACGUCGUUUUAUACGCAAAUUCCAAAAGCAAAUGCCUUGCGGUUUCCCACAAUAUGGCAUACCACCAUUAGCGCCUUUAAAGAAGAGCGAGGCUUCCGUGCAUUUUGAAAGUGGCAUUUUUGAAACUUUAGAUUUGUUCACACGUCUGCGCGUUGACGGCUUGGAUGACUUCAAAAUCAACAAAUUCAAAUUGAAUGUAAUUUUUAAGAAAAUCACUUUUGAUUUCACAUUCAAUAACAUACGCGCCACCGCUCCAUUCUACUCCACCGAUACCAUUUUAGAUGCCUUGAAUCAGUUGGGUCUCUCCGUGCAAUAUGAAGGUGAUGGUUCAUUGGAAUUUGGUUUGAAAAAGUUACGUAUUGCCGGUACUUUGAAAUACAAGAUACCAUUACUUUGGGGUUCCAUUAAGAUUCUCUCGCUGAAGACUACCAUUUCUUUGGGUGAAUGUGAGUCGAACAUAACCGGUUUCUUAGGCGAUGGCGCACUAAAUUCUUUGAUGAACAAGAAACUGGAGUCGGCUGUUCUUGGUGGCAUAAAUAAUAAUCAGCAAUUGAUUUCGGAAAGCAUUGAGAACAAUCUAGUGCCAUACGUGAACAGUUUGCUCAAGGGUAAUGAUUUCUGGACUCUUAUCGAUUUGAUUUUGUCGGGCGAUGACGGCGCUAGUGAGGAUGAUGAAAUUGUGACGAAUUGUGUAGCGCCAGAAGAUCCUUGGGCUUAAGUACUCUUACGCUAUUACAAUUACUUCGAUUUGAUGAAAUGAUAUUGUUUUAAUAAAUUCUUGUGAAAUUACAAAAAA